AAAAAAAAAAAAAACAUCGAUAUUAUGAUGAGAUUUUAGAAAUCAGAAAGAUAAUUCUAUAAGAAGGAUAAAUAUUUAUCUGAUUUUAUGUCUUAAAAAGAAAUCUUUUGAUGAAAACUAAAUAGAGUAGUUCAAAAAAAAAAGGAGAGGGGGGGCUUUCGGAUUGAAUAACUGAAAUGUUUUAGAUUUCAUAGAGAAAUUAUCCGGAUUGAAAAUAUUAAAUUUUCAAAAAAGUAGAUACUCUUGUAUUUUAGACUUUUUGAAAAGUAAACAUUUUGAAUUAUUCAAAUUUUAUAAUUAAUAUAGUUUAAAAAAAAUUUUUUCAUGAAAUAAAAUAUUCUUUAUUUAGGUUUACUGUUUAAUGGAUAUGAUCGAGAAAAUUAUAGUCGUAUUAGUCCAUUAGCUCGUCAAUAUGUUUUUAAUAAACUUGAACGACGUUUUCAAUAUGAUGUUAUUGAACGUCCUGAUACAGUUGAUUUUGAUAGUUCUAAUAUUGAUACAUGGUCAUCAUUAUGUAAUCAAUUAUCAAAUGGUAUAAUGUCAAUAAUUGGUCAUGUUGAACAUAGUGAUUUUGAAUGGUUAUCAAGUUUUUGUUCAACUUAUCAAGUUCCAUUUAUUGGUUUAGAUAAUUAUGAUUAUAGAAAAACAAAUUAUUAUAUAUCAUUAAUGCCUGAUAUAUUACCAGCAUUAGUUUCUCUAAUACGUCGUUAUCGAAUCAAACAACUUGUUUAUUUAUAUGAUGAUACAAAUGGUGCUCAUCGUCUUAAACAAUUAAUUGGAAUGCAAACAAAAACAACACUACAAAAUUUAAAUAUAAUUAGUCGUUAUUUAGGAAAUCCAGAUGAUUCAUAUGAUUUAUUACAAAAUAUUGAAUUUAUGACUAAUUCACUAUUACGUACAACAUCAUCAUCAACAACAACAAAUACAAAUCAAACAAUUCAAGGUCGUUAUGUUGUUUUAGAUUUUCAUUCAUUUGAUACAUAUAGUAGAAUUAUGGAAAAAAUCAAACAUCGUGGUAUGACAACAGCUGAUUAUCAUUAUAUAUUACUUACAUUAAAUGCUAAACAACUUGAUAUGACUUAUUUUCGUUAUGGUGGUGUUAAUGUAACAUUUUUUUCUUUACCAUCAUAUGAACAUUUUAAUGAUAAUUAUACAUUAUUAUUAUAUAAUAAUUAUAUUAAUUCAAUAAAAAAUACUAAAAUAAGAAAUAUUCCAUCUGUUGAAUCAUUAUUAAUUGUUGAUGCAUGGGAAACAUUAUUACGUACAAUAAAUCGUAUGUUAAGUUCAUCAAAUGAAAUACGUGAAAAAUUAAAAGUAUUUCGACAAGGUACAUUUUAUAAUGAUUUAACACCGGGUAUUGAUUGUCGAAGUAAUUUUAUUGUACCAUGGUCAGCAGGAAAAAUCUAUUUAGAAAAUUUAUUAAAUACAACAUUUCAUGGUUUAACUGGAAAUGUACAAUUUUCAAAUAAAACAGGUCAAAGAAUAAAUUAUACAUUUGAAGUUUAUCGUGUUACAAGAAAUGAUAUGCCAAAACAUAUUGGAUUUUUUCGUGCACCAACUACACUUGAGGUUACUGAUGAUUCAUCAUAUCGUUUUCGUGUGUCUUAUGAUAAUCGAACACGUUUAGUUGUAACUAUAUUUGAUGAACCAUUUAUGAUGUUAAAAAAAAAUCAUGAUAAUACAUUAACAGAGAAAAGUGUUCCACGUAAUACUAUUCUUGAGCCAUCACAAGUUGAAGGUUUUUGUGUUGAUUUAGCUCGUGCUGUAUUUCGUGAUAAAUUAAAAUUACCAUAUAAAUUUCUUAUUGAAACAAACUAUGGAAAUGAAAUUGAAAAAGGUGUUUGGAAUGGUAUGAUUGGAGCAUUAGUUAAUCGUGAUGCUGAUUUAGCAAUAGCAUCAUUAACAAUAAAUGGUGCACGAGAAAAAGCAGUCGAUUUUUCUAAACCAUUUAUUGAUUUAGGUAUAUCAAUAAUGAUAAGUAAACCUGAAAAACAAAAACCUGGUGUUUUUUCAUUUAUGGCACCAUUAUCAAAAGGAAUUUGGAUUUGUGUUAUUGUAUCUUAUUUACUUGUUAGUGCUAUUUUAGUUCUUGUUAGUCGUACAUCAUCAUAUGAAUGGUAUUUUGAAAAUGAAUCUGAUAUUAUUCCACGAAAUAAAUUUUCAAUACAAAAUGCAUUAUUUUUUUCAUUUGCAGCUUUUAUGCAUCAAGGUGUUGAUCUUUUACCAAGGUCAUUUUCAGGUUUGUAG